AUGCGUGGCUCUGCUCGCAACAGAUAUCAGCCUGCUGUCAAAGCUAAGCCUGCCGCUGUCAAGAAGCCUAAGCUUGAGAUCACCUGUGAGGCUACCGCCUCUGAAGAGGUCAAGAGCCGCAAGCUUCGGCACUGGGCGGAGGAUAUCACUCUUACCAAGGACGACAUCUUAGAUGACACAAAAUGGGAUUACUUCCAAGAAGACAUGGUUGUCGGAGCUCGGCAUGUUCGACAACGUAUUGAGAGAUUGUCGAAUAUGCCGUACCCCUACGAGAUCAACAACCGUCUCUCCGCCUCCGCAGCUUACAAGGUGCUCUGCAUCCUCGAAAAGCAAAUGGAAACCGACCCCAACACCCCGAUGAGGGCCGAGUUGCAGUACUUUGAAAAGAAACGAGAGGCUACCACCACGACCACCGCCGCUGCCACGCUCAAAAGGGAGAAGAGCCACCAGAAGUCCAUCUCCGCCGCCACCGUUCUCACCGCCACGUUUCAGGAGUACGUCGACGAGCGCACCGCCACUGUCCCCGCCGUCCUCGCCAUCCCCGCCGUACCGAAGGAGGACAAGCCCAUGAGGACUGGAGUUCGGCAGCCGGAUGAGGAAGAGCGGUACAACCUCGCCACUCCUCACACCUACAUCCUCAUCCCCCGCACUCCCAUCCUCGCCUCCGCUCCCGUCGCCUUCCCUGCCCCUCUCCCUACUCCCCCCGCCUCCGACCGCGACAGUGAGUCCAUUACGGAUAUCUUCUUUCCCUUGGAGAACGUUGCUGGGGAGUCUGUCCUCGAUACGAUCCAGAAGCCUCUCAAGCACGAGACUCGUCUUGCGAUCAAGGCUGAGCUCAAGGAGGACCGCAAGAAUGGGCGCAAGGCAGUGAACGCUAAGAGGACGAAGCGCUACGAGGGCAACUUCGAGCUUAAGUCCUGCCUUAAGAAGGGAUGUGAGCUUAGUUUGAGGAGGAGACCAAGGAGUGGAAGAGGUGGUACUACUAAGUUCACAUUGUAAGGCGUCCCGAAUGGGUCAUGAAUUUUUCUUUUUGGGUUCUGCGUUUGCUGUUUGUUGCAUUAAUGUUGAUGGCCGUUGGCUUGGAGUUCUUCGUUUUCUACUGU